UGUUUUCAAAAUAGCUGGCAGCUGAGCAUCAUGGGAUACGAAAUGUCUCCUAAGAUUGCUAACUACUGCUAAUUUACGGGAGAUAAGGGCGAAUAAACAGUUAUUUUACCACUUUCUUUUCCAGUGACCGUGGCGUUAGACAGUAUAAGGUUUAGUAACAGUAAUCCGCCGAUACUAUGUCGACCAGAGCGGAGUGCAGAGUGUCCAGCUCGUCGUCCAAACCAGAGGAGAGGAGGAGGUCGAGCAGCACCAGCAGCAGAGGACGAGAAAAAGGAAAGCGGAAACGAAGCCGUAGUCGAUCUUCCUCCUCAUCCUCCUCCAGUUCAUCAUCCUCUUCCUCCUCUUCCUCUUCCUCCUCUUCCUCUUCCUCCUCAUCUCCCUCUUCACAUUCAUCACACUCACGCAGCAGCAGUCAGAGUAGUUCCAGCAGUAGCGACUCGCGCAGUAAAUCCAGAAAGCAGUCCAAGAAAAGUAAAAAGGAGAAACACAAAAAACAGAAAGGGAAGAAAGAUAAAAAGCUUAAGCGUAAAAAAGAGAAGAAGGCAAAAGGGGGAGAGGAAAACUCUGGACCUGUACAGAUCUCCAAGUACUUGAAGGACAGGAAAAAGGGCAAGUACAGCAUGAUUUCAGGGAAGAAGAUAAAGAUGAAAGUAAAAAAGUCGAAAAAAGACAAGCAGCGGGACAAGAAUCGAGCAGAACUUCUUGAGUUCUUGAACUCAACCCUGUGAUGCUACCGGUGUAGCUCGUCCUGACGGCUGGACACAGACACGUCAGCAGAACUCAGGAAACAAGUCCACCUCUCCGAGAGAAGACCAGAUGGGCGGGUGGAUGUGAGUGACUUGUAUCGCCACAGGGAGGCAGCACCGAGCUGGAUGGAAUGAAGGAGGAGCGUUCUCUGCCUGGAGGGUGUCAGCAUUUGUGAUAUCUGAAGUUUUGUCUCUGAUUGGAUGGAAACGGAAACUGGUUAGCUGCCGGCCGGUCCUGUCGGCUCUGCUUGUGGUUCCAAGUUGUCAGCCCUUUAAAUUAAUACCUCCACCAGUUUAUUCAGGCCAGAAUAUAGAUGAGGCAGUCAUUGUCUAGUUUCAUACAUUGAUGGUAUUUAUCCGUAACUGCUACCAUCGUUGUACCGUAUACGACCUUUCACUUUCCAAUUGAAAGCCUCAAGACAGACGACACUGACCCGGUGAGGGUGCUUGACCAAAUGUAUCACCUUUUCUCCUGAAAGGAGAACAAAAGGAAAAGGAAGAACAGGAGAUCUCCUCUGAAUGUCUUAAAAGUUGAAUAGCAAGAUUUAUUUUUUCUGUGUUACCUGAAAAUGUCUUUACACAUAGAUAACCAACAAAUAUCGUCAUGUCAAAAAAAAAAAAAUUAAUCACCGUUGACUGUGACGGAGCUCUAAAAUCCCCAUCCAAUUAUUUUGUGUUGUCGAACUCUUAUUUCUUCAGUAAACAGAUAUUGAACAUUGGUGCGUUUUUAAGGUGCAGCUUCAGAGGAACGCCUGAAGAAAGGAGGGUGUCCUUUUUAAAAUUUGUUUUGCUCACUGACUCUUACUGGUUUUCACAAACAUCGACUAAACCUUUAAGAGAGUUAGAAAAAGUUUUAGAUUAUUUCCAGAAUGAGAUGGCUGUCAUUCAGGAGCUUAACUAUCGGAAAUACCUGGUUAUUUAUUUCAGGAAACUGACCAUUAAGUUUCUGCAGUAUCUUUUAGCUGUUUGAGUCACAGUGUUCCCUUUUGUGUACUUUUUUUUUAUGUGUACAUUUUGUUAAAUAGGAGGAUCAAUUGUGUGUCAUUUAAUUAUUACUGUAAGUAAUUUGUUUUCCCAACAUCCGAGGAGUAAUGUUCUUUUAAAUAUAAAAAUGCAAUCGCUGUCAGCUCCCCUCACGUCAGACCAGUUGAAGGCUUCAUGUCGGGGCAGAGCUGUUGUGUACUCAUGAACUGUGCUGUGUGACAAAAUGAAAAGAGACUGCAAUUAAAUUGCUGGAAAAUG